UGCAGUGAAUACGUUUUGAGAGUUUAUUCGUUCAAAUUCAUUACUAAGAUGAAGACAUCAAAUGUUUGUGUUCUCGUUAUAUCAGCAUUAGUUGUAGCCCAGGUUUCUUCUGAGGUUACUGAGCUCGAUAAAAUGGCCCUCACUUUGUUUCAAUCUUUGGUUGAUAUUGUUGAAAUACCGUAUAGAAAAAUUGAAAAUAUUGUAAAUCCAUCGGAAGCCGGUAUAGAAAAAGAACCAUUUUUAGAUGAUCUUAUAAUCAAACUUAAACGGAAGAAGGAAGAAAUUGAAAAGAAAUACUUAGAAUCAUUAUCGCCGGAAACUAGAGAAUUGCAAAAGAAGAGAAUAAGCGAAUUUGCCAAUACUUCGCAAAGAAUACUUAAUUCAAUUCAAACUUCUAGUAAAAUGGCCAGGAGUAUGAUAAAUGCAUAUUUUAACCACCUACCAAAAAAUGUCCAGAACAAAUUAAUUGGGUUGGGACAAGACCUAAAUAAUAUUUUACAUAAAUUAAAGUUUUUGCCACAGGAAAUGUCCAAGAAUGAUUCUUCGGCUGCAAAAAACAACUAACUUCGUGUAAUCAAAAAUAUUUAUAAAAAUCAGCGGAUCCUUGCGUCAAUAUUAUUGAAUCAUUUAAUUACCUAUAAAAAUUA